AUGCCCAAGAAACUCACCGUCGCCGUCGCCCAAUCGCGGACUCGCUCCACGCUGAGUGAGACGCUGACUGCCCUCGAGCGGACGACCCGCCACGCUGCCUCGCGCGGCGUCCACGUCCUCCUCUUCCCAGAGGCCUACCUGGGCGGCUAUCCCCGGACAUGCGACUUUGGCACCGCGGUGGGCGACCGCGCACCGCACGGCCGCGACCAGUUCCUGCAGUACUUCAACUCCGCGGUUGACCUGGGCGACACGCCGGCCGGGGCGGGCGACGCCUGGAUUGAGCGGAAGCUGCCCGUCGCCAAGGGCCGGGAGCAUCGCGGAGAUGGCACGAGGGAGUUCCUUGAGAAGGUGGCCCGCGAGACGGGCGUGUUCAUCGCGGUGGGAGUGAUUGAGAAGGCGGGGGGGAGUUUGUACUGCGCUGUCGUCUACGUCGAUCCGAUCAGGGGGGUGUUGGGGAAGAGGAGGAAGGUGAUGCCAACCGGAGCAGAGCGCUUGAUCUGGGCCCAGGGCUCCCCCUCGACAUUAAAGGCCGUGACGACGGAGAUCAACGGAGUGCGACUGAUCAUCGGCGCCGCCAUCUGCUGGGAGAACUACAUGCCGCUGCUGCGCCAGAGUCUGUACUCGCAGAAUGUGAACCUGUACCUGGCCCCGACGGCAGACGGACGGGAUACCUGGCUGCCGCUGAUGCGGACGGUGGCAUUCGAGGGACGCGCCGUGGUGCUCUCUGCCAAUCAAUGUGUGCGGAGAAAUGACCUGCCGGAAUGGGUUACGGGAAAGAAGACAGAUACGACGACAACAUCUCGAUUGCCGGACCGAUCGGCGCAAUCGCAGCCGCGGAAACAGUCCAUCACGACGGAGGGACCGCAUGAGAUCGUUUGGCCGCAGUCCCCUGGGUCGUCGCAGCUCCAUCCGGAUAAGGAGCGAGAUCGGACGGUCGAGGAUGUCAGCGUGGCAGUGGUCGAGGAUUCGACAGCGAACGGAGCUCGUCCGGGGCUGUAUCCCACCAAGACAGACCCCACAAACCCCUACGUCAGCCACGGCGGCUCCUGCAUCAUCGGACCUCUGGGCGAAGUCCUAGGCGGACCGAUCUGGGACGUCUCGACAGACGACGAGCCAGGGACCGACAUCCCAACCGUCGACCCUGACAACAGCAGCAAAUCGGCCAUUGGCGACGGCCUCGUCAUUGCAGAGGUGGAUUUCGAGGACUGCGAGCGGGGGAGACUCGAUCUUGACGUGGCGGGGAGCUACUCGCGCAACGACGCGUUCAAGUUGACGGUCGAAGGGCUGGAUCUGGAUCCGCCGCCUUUCUAG